AUGAUCACCGUUAGGCGGAUCGGGAUCCUGAAAUGUGACACAUUUCUGCUACUUUUACUCAUUUUUACUGUUUUGGCAGUAGCAAUUAUUAUUCUUAUAAUUCAUGGGGCGUUGAAAAAUAACUAUGAAUCUGAAAAGUGGAGAGUGAUCUUGUUCUACAUCAAGAUAUUUGGUGUCCAGCCGACCACAAUAUGGCCGGCGACAUCUCUUCAAAAGUGUAAAGUUCCUUGGUGUAUCCUAUCUGACGACAGACUGCUACUGCGUCAAAGUGACGCCGUCAUUUUCCAUGAAGAGAUGUCACGGACGACGUCACGUGAACUACCUAGACAACGAUCAACCAAUCAGCGCUGGGUUUAUUUUGUUCAAGAAAAUCCCCAUUACACAACAUUCGAGUCCUCUAAGUAUAACGGAGUGUUUAACUGGACGAUGACAUACAAACGAUCAUCAGAUAUAUGGGCUCCUUAUGGCAGCUACCGAAGAAGGAAAAACACCGAGGAACGAGAUAAUUAUAACUCAGUGAGAAACAUUUCGGCUAAAAAGACACGAUUGGUGGCCUGGGCAACGAGUCACUGCUCGUCACCAGCCUUCCUCCGCGAGCAGUUUGCAGAACAGCUUCAGCUUCAUAUUCCUGUCGACAUAUUAGGUAAAUGUAAUCCUAAGGCUCCUCGGUGCCCACGAUUAAGCACGGAAUGUGAUGAACUUUUGAGAACGUACAAGUUUUACUUAGCAAUUGAAAAUGGACUUUGUGAAGACUACAUCACUGAGAAGUAUUCGAGUCAAGCUUUACAACACGACAUGGUUCCAGUAGUUAUGGGAGGAGCCAAUUAUCCAGAGCUGGCGAUUCCCAAAUCCUAUAUGAAUGUACUCCACUUUCCCUCAAUUGAAAAGCUAGCACUAUAUUUAAAAGGUCUUGAUCAAAACAGUAGCGCGUAUAAUGAAAGAGAAACUACCAAACUGAACUGUUAGCUCCGUUGUGAAAAUUGUGUGAAAUGGUGCACAACCAGAGUUUGCCGAGAGUCGUACACUGGGAUUUGGGCAACUUUUGGGAAGUAAAGGAAAAUUGCAUGAGACAUUCGAAAACGAUAACUUAUCAAAUUUGACCUGAAGUCAAUAUCUGUAAAAUAAAGCUGUUGAAGUAAUAAGCUGAGAAUACCCAAGUUUACCAUUGCAGUUGAUAGUCAUCAUAACAUACAAUGACAGAGAUCGAC